CGGUCAGUAUCUGGGCUCCCAGUCCCCUAAGCUCUCCACAGCAGACUGGCUGAUUGCGAUCCUGACGAUGGCACCCCGAGGCCCCUGGUGCGAACUGCUGGUCCUGCUGUGCUGCCUGCCACCCCUGGCGAUCCACGCCGGGCGACAGAUGCCCAAGCUCUCCGACAAGAAGCUGUGUGCCGAUUCCGAAUGCAGCCAUCCCAUCCUCAUCGCACGCGCCCUGGAGGACUUCUACCCGCAGGACUGCCGCUUCAUCCCGAUCCGACAGGGGCAGCUCGUCUACGUGUACGCCAUGCUCAAGGACCGGGGCAACCUGUUCUGGGCAGGCAGCGUUCAGGGCUCCUACUACAGCGAGCAGGAGGCCCGACUGGGACACUUCCCCAGCAGCGUGGUGCAGGAGACACACGCGUUGAUGCCGGCGGCGGUGGAGGUGGAAACUGAUAAAUGGGACUUUUACUGCUAUUAAGUGAAUUCGACGUCGAUUCAGAUGAGGAACGGAGGACAGCGGAGGCAGCCUGCAGGAUUGACGAUUGA